AUGGCGAAUUGUCUGUGGGAAACCAGCACUUGGUGCACCGUAACCACGACCGCACAGCCAGCACGGCGUCCAAAGCCACGCGCACGACCACGCAGGAUCCCAAGACGACGUGCUGGGUCAAUACGGCGCCAGACGUACUUCCUCAACUCAUUGACGCUUUUCUAUUUCCUGCUCUUCAUAUGGGCCAUGUGCGCACAUGUCAGUCAGCACUACAGUGUACUGAUGAUUCACAUACAAUUUGCAUCCUGUCUCAUCACUAAUACCCCUGUGCAUGUGCAGUUGGAUUGUUGGAUAUAUUAUGUGCGAAAGAAAUGA